AUGUGGAAACAACCUCCUCCAGCACAGAAAAUGGACCAGGUCUCCCAGGAGGACAAUCAGGAGAAUAAAGCUGAAACUCUAGUCAUCUAUGAAGCUUUUCACCAAGGUGUGCUCCAUGCGCUGCGAAGGCUAAAGGACUAUCUUGGUUUUGUGGAUCCUCAGAUCAAAUUCCAGCCAGCCACAAACACACUGAGCGAGAUCUUUUUGGUCAACUGCAUUAGCUUCUGCGUGACAAAGGGCAUGGAGGAAUGGAUCAUGACCAGCAAAACGAUCAAGCAGCCGUCCUGCCUGUUCGUGGACUCGAUCUGGGCUCUGUGUGGAGCUGACAAGCAAAUCAAGCUUCAGAUUGCCGUGCAGACUUCACAGCUGGCUGAGCUUUCCCUUGGCAGAGGCAGCUCCGUGGAGACACUCUUCCAGAACAUGAGCGCGUUUGAGAAGCUGGUGGAGUUCUGCCACCUGGUGGGACGGGACUGCCUGGGCUCGUUCGUCAUGUUCAGUGUGCCAGGGAAGCCCAAGGACAUCUGAGGAGUCAUGCUAGACAGUAUUGCCAAGGAGGAGCAAAAAUACUGCCUGUGGGGCAGGAACACGCUGCAGCAAUUUGUCCCCAGCACUGACAGCUUCCUGCACACCAAAGACAUGCUGGAAAAUUGCCUCCACACAAAAAGUGGACCGAAGGAGGGGGGAAACAUGUACAUAAAUCUUGUGUAA